AUGCUCAAUUUUGCACCUUCUUCUGGACAGUUCCCCCGGGCGUGUGCCAGUCGGGACGCCCUACUAUCCGGUGAAUGCUGCCCCUCGUGGGAAGGAGAUGGUUCGGCCUGUGGAGCCAGCACGGGACGGGGCUUCUGUGAGGAUGUGGAAGUGUCCCAGGAACCACACGGGCCUCAGUAUCCUUUCACAGGCCUGGAUGACAGAGAGAAGUGGCCCCUUGUUUUCUACAACAGGACAUGCCAGUGUACGGGGAACUUUAUGGGCUUCAACUGUGGAGACUGUAAGUUUGGAUUAUUUGGAGUGAACUGUAACGAACGCAGACAGUCACUACGGAGGAAUAUUUUUCAUUUGUCUCGAGCAGAGAGGAUCCGGCUUGUGUCCUACCUGAAUUUAGCCAAACAGACUAUCAGCCAGGACUAUGUUGUUCCCACUGGCACGUACCGGGAAAUGGACAACGGUUCAACUCCUUUGUUCACUGAUGUGUCGGUGUAUGACGUGUUUGUGUGGAUGCAUUACUAUGUGUCUCGAAAUACUCUCCUGGGUGGGCCUGGGAAUGUCUGGACAAAUGUGGACUUUGCACACUGGGCACCAGGGUUUCUGCCUUGGCACAGAGUGUACCUUCUUCACUGGGAGCAUGAGAUCAGGAAGCUGACUGGAGACAUGAGUUUCUCCAUCCCGUACUGGGACUGGCGAGAUGCAGAGGGCUGUGACGUGUGCACUGAUGAGCUGAUGGGGGACAGACAUCCCCAGGACCCCAACUUCCUCAGCCCAGGAUCAGUCUUCUCCUCCUGGAGGGUGCUGUGCUCUCGUCCUGAAGUCUACAACAGCAGAGGCGUCCUGUGUGAUGCCCGUCCGGAGGGCCCCCUGCGCCGUAACCCAGGCAACCAUAAUCCAAAUGUGGUGCAGCGGUUACCCACCUCUGCAGAUGUGGAGUUAGCACUGGGUUUAACAAACUACGACACCGGAGCGUUGGACCGCACAGCUAACAUGAGCUUCAGAAAUACACUGGAAGGGUUUGGAGACCCUCGCUCUGGGAUGGGGAACAGCAGCCGUAUGUCUCUGCACGCUGCGCUCCACGUCUUCAUGAACGGGACCAUGUCUUCAGUCCAGGGAUCGGCCAACGACCCCGUCUUCCUCCUGCAUCACGCUUUUGUCGAUUGCCUUUAUGAGGAAUGGCUGAGGAGGCACAGGCCGGCGCUGUCCCAGUAUCCCGAAUCAAACGCUCCCAUCGGACACAACGGAGGCUACUUCAUGGUGCCGUUCUUACCUCUGCACAGAAACAGGGAGUUCUUUAUCUCCAGCAAAGACUUGGGAUAUGAAUACUCUCUUCUGCUGAACGCAAACCAGCGGCUGUCCGAGUCCAUGGUCCCGUACCUGGAGGCUCUGCGGGGGGUGUGGGGGUGGCUUCUGUUGGCCGCUGUGUGUGGGGGGCUCCUGUCUGUGGCUCUGGCUGCCCUCAUCAUGCACAUUCAGUACAGACACAGCACCUCCACCUGGAUGCACGUGCGCAAAUGGAGAAACCUGUUUGCUCUUCCCGAGAGAGAGCCGCUCAUCUUCAGCCCUGAUAAAGAGGAGACUGGGUACAGCUACCAAAGCACAAUGUGA